AUGGCCACCCACAUCUCCCAGAAUGCACAACCGUCUAAACAACAAUCCAGCGAGUUUGCAAUGCAGGUGCCUUUCGCCGCUGUAUCCCUCAAGACAUUUCUGGCUGAAUUCAUGCCGCAACCUGACGUGGCGACCAGGCGGCGUGAUAAAGAUUUCAAGCACAUGUUUGAUAAGAUGCCGGCGAACAACAAUUCAGAAGACGAUUUCUAUCAUACAUUAAUCCAAUGUUUCUGUGAGCAGAACAUUUGCCCCAAUUACUCAGCAGGGCGCAUCACCAAAUCCGAAAUGGUCGACGACCAUGCAGCCCUUUUUCUCACCAACGAUAAGAAGUCUAUCAUAUGGAAUCGCCAUUGGGCACUCCAGUGCCUUGCCAUCAUCUGCAAGCCUCACUACCACGAUGACGACCCCUUCGCAGAGAACGCAAAGAGCGACAAACGGAAUGCCGACUGCCGCAAGACGACGCGUGACCUCCUGACGACGAUUGCCUCCAAAGUUUUUUCUCGACAGCACCGCUGCUUCUUUUUCACCGUCCUCAUCCUAGGUGACAGUGCACGUCUCCUCCGCUGGGACCGCUCCGGUGUGGUCAUUACGGAACCAUUCUGGUACAAGAGAACGCCACACCUCGGCUCUUUCCUAUGGCGGUUCGCUCACCUCUCGCCAGUCCAACAGGGCUGCGACUCGAGCGCGGAGGUUGUGCAGCGAGGUUCAGUGGAUGCAAAGCUCAUAGAGAAGUUCACCGCUGAGCGGCCGUCGACCAUGAACGAAUACGUGCACGUCAUGUUCUGCAAUUCGAUGAAGGACGAGAGUUGGCUGUGGUGGAAAUUGCGGAUUGUACCGGAGGUAAACGAGUCUGCGCUGGAGGGGCCGGAGCAGCGGUCGGGAAGUAAAAAGCGGACACGCGGCGAUCACCUGUCGGGCCCAAGCACUAAGCGUCGCCGCUAUGCUGGCGGGCGCGCUAUCAGCAAUGACAGCAACGACGAGCGACGGGCCCGCUAUUUCCUCGUGGGGAAACCCCACUUUCAUUCCUCUAGCUUACCCGGGCGGGGCACGCGCGGCUAUAUCGCAUUGGACUGUGAGGAGGAGGUACCCGUCUUCCUCAAGGAUACGUGGAGGUGCGAUCCGCUACCGAUGAUAAGGGAGGGUUGUGUUCUUAGGGCACUCAACGAGGCGCACGUUGAGAACGUUCCGACGCUCGUUUGCCACGGUGACAUCGAGAACCAAUGCACGCGCACCCAAGAUUUACGCAAAAACGUCAGUGCUGGACAGAAGGACAAUUCGCCGAGGAAUCUGAUCCAUUAUCGCAUGGUCGAGCGCGAGAUCUGCCGCCCGCUGAGAGACUAUGAAACCGACAAACAAUUUCUGCACCUCGUUGCGGACUGUCUGAAGGCCCACGAGCAAGCGGUAGAACGUGUCGGGGUCAUGCAUGCUGACAUCAGUCUUGGCAACAUGCUGAUCUUCGAGCAGUACCGCCUCGACCAAAACGAAGAGGGGUGCUUUCGGCGGGUUGGAAUGCUCUGUGACUGGGAGUUCUCUAAGCCAGUGCAUACAACGCGUAAUGGUGAGAAGGUGGCGCAACGUGCCCCCACUGACGUGUGCACUUGGGAAAUGGCGGGCGUGCACCUCGCUGAUCAUCCUGGGACACCAAUCACCAUCCCAGACGAGCUGGAAGCUUUCUUUCACCUCAUAUUGAUGGUCACUGUCCGCGACCAACGGAGCAACCUGGGCAGUAACGAGUGGGCAUUCCGGAAAGACUACUUCGUUGACUGCACUGAAAACCCCAAACCUGGAGAACGGUACAUGACUUGCACCAAGCUGAAGCGCAAGGCGAUGUAUGAGGGCAAGAUCAUGUACAAGGCCACACCCCUCCGAAUUUUCCGCUCAGCAGAUGAUAAGCGCAUACACCCUUUCGGCGAUCUUCUCUCAAUGCUGCUCACUUUGUUCCGCGCUCACUAUUCAGCCACGCUGUACGAUGAGUGGCACAAUCGGCCCAAGCGGCGUCUGCGGAGUAAUACCGGUCAGCACGUCGUUGAACCCCCGUCAUGUAUCAUCAGAUUGGAGCCAGAUGAGCUCGUGCGGCGCAGGGAACUUGCAGCUGGACUUAAAAGCCACUGUGCGAUGCAAGAUUUAAUUCUGUUAAUCGCCGAAGGGGAUUGGCUCGGGAGCAAGAAGCGCGACUGCGAGAUUGACCAAGGCAAGGAGGAUAUUGAUAUACCCCACAUGAUCUUCACUUGCGAAGCGUACCCGUGA